AUGGCUGGUCUCACCAGCACCUUCCCCUUUAAACCCCUACUCUCCAAACCCAAACCAUCACCAUCACCUCCACUUUCUCUAUCUUUAUUCGACUCCAAACUCUUCGGCCUCCGCCUACCCAAUUCUAAUUCAUUCACUUCCGCCUCUCCCAUUUCAUCUGCCUCCCCAGUGUCCAUCUCAGCCCGCUACGGCGGAGGCGGCGGAGGUUCUUUCCGGACGGGGCCCAGGGACUACCAGCGGUCUCGCUCCGAUGAAGAUCCAUCUCUUGAUAUGUCCACUAUAAGGUCAGAUAGUGUGAGGCUCAUUGAUGAAAAUCAAAACAUGGUUGGAAUAGUGUCUAAAAGUGAAGCUCUUCAAAUGGUUGAAGAUGCUGAGCUUGACCUGGUGGAAGUCAUUGAAUUUUUGCCAAGGUCGAGAUUGUUGAUAGAGGCGGCUAAAGGUGACUCUAAUUCAAAGAUUGGCGCUGUCCGACAAGAAAAUCCGGCGCCAAUAUGUGGUGUUGGUGGCGUUGUCAGUGGGCACGAUGUGUUGACGCUAGAAGACAAGGAACUGCAUGGAAGUUUUCUGUGGAGAAAGCUGCAGAAACGUUAA